AUGGCAGAGGCUACAGAAUACUCCCAGAAAGAAAUCGAGCUGCACAACAGUGCAGGAGAUGCGUGGAUGGUUAUUCAUGGAGAAGUCUAUGAUGUGACCAAGUAUAUCCAGAGCCACCCUGGUGGUGUGGACGUGCUGAUAGAGGCAGCUGGCACCAACGCUAGCGAGGCUUUCGACAAUGCCGGCCACUCAGACGAUGCAUUCGACCUAAUGGUACCACUACGAAUAGGCAAACUCAAAGGAUACAAGAAAAGGAAAGCGAGAAUAGCACUCGCCAAACCAUCAACGCCUCCGAAAAGCAACACUUCGUCAUCUACAGAGAAGAGCAUGUCUGACACCGCCAAGUACACCAUAGUAUCACUUGGUACCGCUGCCUUGUACUACGGUCUUACUACGUCCAGCGUGGAUCGCGAUAUAAUGUCUAAAGCCUCUUCGCUUGGCAAGAACCUAAUCACAUUUGCGCCUAAGUGGGCUGUCUCUUCUUCCACUGUUGUUUCUUCCUCCUCUUCAAAGCCUGGCUUUUUAAUGGGAUUGCUAGUUGGAGCCGGUGUCCUGGCAUCAGUUCAUACCCUGAUUGCCCGUAGACUGCUCCAGAUCGUCGUUUCUCUAGACUCGCCAAAAUACCCCUACCAUUUCAAGGUGCCAAAGGCCCCUGAAUUCAAUCUUCUACAGCAAAGGGGAUGGCUAGACUCGGAAGCAGCUGCAUCUGCGAUUCCACUAGCUAAAAAAGAGCUGGUGUCGCCAAACGUAUACCGUCUGACAUUCACCUUGCCCUCUUCGCAUCCCAUACUUGGUUUGCCAACGGGUCAGCAUGUUGCCAUUACUGCAGUUAUUGACGGGGAAACUGUAACACGAUCCUAUACUCCGACGUCGAAUAACGCCGACAAGGGCAUCCUGGAGCUCCUUAUCAAGGUCUACCCGGACGGGAAAAUGACAAAUGGCUACUUGGCCAACCUAAACAUUGGUGAUGAGGUUCAUUUCAGGGGUCCCAAGGGAGCUAUGCGGUACUCUCGGCAACUAUGUAAGAAGAUAGGCAUGGUAGCUGGUGGCACCGGGAUCACGCCUAUGUUCCAGAUUAUCCGAGCCAUCUGCGAAAGCGACUGCGAUACCACGGAGAUCAGUCUCAUUUACGCCAACCGAACAGAGCAGGAUAUCCUUCUCAGGGAAGAACUGGAUACUUUUGCUAGGCGAUAUCCAAAAAUCUUCAAAGUAUACUAUGUACUUGAGAGUCAUUCUUCUAAGUGGAAAUUUGGGUCUGGUUAUGUGACAAAGGAUAUGAUGGCUGAGAUGCUCCCUUCUUCGAGCGAGGAGGGAAGUAAAGUUAUGAUCUGUGGACCACCUGGAAUGGUUACCGCAGCCAAGAAGUCGCUGGUAAGCCUGGGGUACAAGCAGCCUGGCGCAAAUGCCAAGAUGAGCGACGAAAUCUUUGUCUUAUAA